CUUCAAAUUCGAGACCGACAACCCGCAACGCCAUCUACGGAGUUCAACAUGCGGAGCUCAAGUUGUUUUGCAGGCGUUACUACUCCUGGUGUACGUACUUCAUGCCCCGACCCGAGAUCCUCGUUUAAAAAAAAAUAGUAUUCCCCGCAAGAGGGUACCCCUUUUCCAACGGAGCUUAAGGCAGCAUUGCGUUCACCAGCUGUAGCACCCAAACAACAACAAACAAAACAAGUUACGGAAUUAAAUCGUCUCAUAUGUGAAAAGUGUAUAUUUUAUUCGAAAAAUAAUAAUUUCCAGCUAAAUAAUGAGUGAGGAAUUUUGCGAGAAGUCGUUAUCAGUUCCAAUUCGUUCGCUUGAGGAAUUGAAAACCUGGAAACCUCUCACUGAUCGUACGAGAUCCCAGGUUGUGCAGCAAUGUUUUACGGCUACUGGACCUGGUGGAAGUUUCAGGGAACAGUCUACAAAAAAUGUACCGAAAACUCUUAUCUGUCAUGAUAUGAAGGGUGGAUAUCUUGAAGACAGUUUCAUUGAAGGAUGUUCAAACGCUGAGGCGUAUAGUUUCAUUCAGUGGGGCAUCAUUGAUAUUUUUGUCUACUUCAGCCAUCAUUUCAUUACCAUUCCCCCACCCUGCUGGGUCCAUGCAGCCCACCUUCACGGAGUCCCUAUUCUGGGUACUAUAAUCACGGAAUGGGAUGAGGGAACUGCCACUUGCACAAAAAUAUUUUCAUCUAAAGAUGCAGUCAAUGAAUUUGUCAAUUCACUAACUGAAUUAACACUGCACCAUAAUUGUGAUGGCUGGCUUAUCAAUAUUGAAAACUCAUUGGAAGAAACGCUGAUAGAUAAUGUGCUUUACUUUCUCCGUCGCUUAAAACAAGAACUCGUUUUCGCUGGAAAUUGCGGUAAGAUAAUCUGGUACGAUAGUGUUACCAAAGACGGAAAACUGGAUUGGCAGAAUGAGCUAAAUGCAAAAAAUAAAGACUUUUUCGAUUCAUGUGAUGGGAUCUUCUUAAAUUAUGUAUGGAAACCGAUUGAUCUGGCGAAUUCUGCAAUUCUGGCAAAAGAAAGAAUAUUCGACGUGUAUGUUGGCAUCGACGUUUUCGGUCGGAACUGCUUCGGAGGCGGUGGAUUCAAUACGGAUGCAGCCUUUUCAGUUGUUAGGCAGUACAAUCUUUCUGCCGCUGUUUUUGCUCCUGGCUGGAUUUACGAAUGUCACCCGAUUGAACAAUUUAAGGAGCUAAGCUUCAAAUUUUGGUCUCUUCUGUUUCCCUACAUGAAUUUGCAUGGACCCAACUCGCUACCUAUUCGUACAAGUUUCUGUCCCGGAUAUGGUCAAGGCAAGUACGACAGUGGACAGUUGGUAGACAACAAGCCUUGGCAUAACAUGUCUCGCCAACAGUUGCAGCCCUGCCUGGCUGCUGUUCGCGGACUUUUUGAAAUUAAAGGAAACACUUUUGACAUUUUAAAAUGUGGAUCCACAAACACUUUUGGAAAACAGGACGUGUGUGAUACGGAUGCGUUUAAUGGUGGAGGAUGCUUGAAUAUUCAGAGCUCCACCGAUGCAGUGUUUCCGCUUUUCUUCUGUGAAAUUCCUGUCAUUCGGCCAAUGACAUUGGCAGUCAUCUUGAAAACGAAUAGCAACCAUCCUUUGCUCCUCAAAUUAGGUUUUAUGCUAUCCAACACGUUCCCCAUAACUAUGUCCUGUCCUCUUGUUCCUCGCGUGGAUCAAUUUUGUUCGGCUGCAGAUGACGAACACCAAUCCACUCCGAUUGUUUCUUCAUUAGAAUUUGAUUCCUGUUGCAACUUUUUGGAUGGAAGCCUUUGUCGCUCUAUGACAAAUUCUUCCGGCUGGGAUAUAAGACUAUUUCAGAUUAGGCUGAGUGAGCAAGUUGUAAACAGCGUACAACUAAAAAGCAUUUGUAUUGAAAGCCAAGGUGAAACAGAUUGCAAAAUCGGCUAUUUGUGCUGCUUCUGAACUGGAAUUUAUACUGUCAGAUACGUGGCAUUAACACGUCCUAGAAGAAAAAAGAAAGUAUGUCGAAACAUGCUAAAAGGUACGUGUUUUUUUGUUUGUUUUUUGUUUUUUGAAAUUUUUGUAUGUGUUUCUUCCCGUCAAUUUCUCUAUCAUGCAUGCACACACUUUUGCCUCAUUAGUGUUUUUAGAUCAAGUUUUAUUGUUUGUUCAACUAAAUCUAGCUGUCACGGUAACAGUUCCGUCAGCUAUAAGUUGACGCUGCUUUCUUUGCCAUUUCUCGUUUUUUUUCAAAAUCGUCAUUGGAAUCAAAGUUUUCUUUGGGGAGGAAGAGAGGGGCAGACAUCUUUGAAAAUUUGUAAUGUAAAUAUUUGUUGACUUGUUUUAGGCAUGUGCCACCUGCAAACAUUAAUGAAAACAUGUCAAUGCAAAAUAUUAAUAACAUAUAUCAGAUCUUAAUUUCAAAAAGUCAUUUCAAGAUACGUGCUGGGAAGAUUCCGGAAAAGAUCAAGGUUUUCUGCAUUUGAUACCAUUCUACAACAUAAAGCUGUAGACAACAAUAUGGCAGAUAAGUCAAGACAUCCAAUAAGGAUAAAAAAUGGCAACGUGAAUCCGGAGAAGCGCUCACAAAUAUCUGCGAUUUGUGGAAUACAUCCCUAUCGGAAAAACAAAAUAAGUUAAAACUAUAGAAAAUAGAUUAAGCGCAGCAAUAGUAGUUACCUCCGUAACAACUAUUCCAUUUAAAUCCUCCCAUCUCAUUAACUGAAAAGAUUGAUUUCUCAAAAACUGACGACACUUUUCUUGAUGAUGAGAAUCACAGCAUGACGCUGUCACAAUUUGAUUUUCUGUGGCAUAUUUUAGUUCCUCUAGAUUGUUCAUCCUAUGGACAAGACAACAUCCAAGAGUUGCUCGAAUUUUAUCCACAAGGUCUUUCGAAGUUUGAUUAUAAUUGUAAUCGGCCAUGUGCUCGCUCAGCCAGUCUUGCGGAAUUUUGGAGAAACGAAGAACUAUUAUUCCACCAACAAUUACUAAUGCAAGAUUUAGGGAUGCGAAAACAAGAUACCUACUGGCAGAAGAAGAAAACCGUCCAGUGCAGAAGCAGAUCAAUGAAACCAAAAAAGGUGUAAAUAAUUAGAAUCAUAAUCGUGAUUUUGUAAUCUUACUUAAGAAACGAGGCAUAUUUUGUCGCCGAAAGCUCCACAGAAACGGAAGAAACUGAGGAAUAUAAGCAGAUACUGAUUACUGUCGCCAUUACGAGCAUUUUCAGACUAGCGUUGUUGUCCAUUUCGACCAUCACUUUAUUAGUUUCAGAUUCUUUUAUAAAUUCUUGGCGCUUUACUAUGGAACAUGCAGAAAGCGCCAGAAGUGCUAUACCUGUCAACUGUAUUUUCAACACAUAUUUAGUUAACUUGAUGACAAGCACAUCAUCAGAAAUAAUGUUUUAACGCAUGAUUUUUAAAAUUCUCUGCUGAAGCUUUCAGACUCUUCGUUAACUUAAUAACGAGACGGAAGCAUUUUACGCCAACUUAAGAUAUUACGAAACAGUUAACCAUGAGCACGAUAUUGACUCCGAGAAAAGUCAAUCGUAAAAUCUUGGGAAAACGAAAUUCCAUUGGAGUCACUUUUCAGAAUUAUUAUUGAAAAUUAUUUAUUAUAUAACCACGUCUGAAUGCCACGACCAAGAAAUGUGUUUGACACAGUUAUUGUAAUAUCAGACGAAGACCUGCUGUGAAGAAAUACAGUACAUAUAGAAAGA